CUUCCCCCACCCCCCCCCCCCCUCUCUCAUCAGCUCACAAAAACAAAUGUCUCCUCUGAUCUUCCACGAGCUGGAAACAUCAUUAUUUAUUACUAGCUAGCUAACUCGAUCGUCCGUGAUUAACCAGCAAAUUAGCAUCCCGGGCGGCCGGAUUUGUUUUCGUUUCUGAGCUGUUGUUAGUACAUUGUUCUUGUUCCAUUGCCGGCCAUUUGUUGUCAUCAGUCAUCACCAACGACCUCCGUCCUGCCGCUGCGUCUUGCUCGCGUAUCCUUCCAUGUCUUCGGCUGGUGGUAGUAGCCUGGGCAUGCAGCCGGGGUCCAAGAGAUUCAGGGACGCGAUCCUCAAGAACCUGCUCCUAGGGCUCGGGAAGGGCAGCGCCGCCGCGUCGAGGGGCAUGGGCCUCCACGAGAGGAGAAGCGCCAUCAGGCGCGCCGCCGACGCCGCCCUCGCCACCGCCAGGGGCGCCGCGCCGCGCUGGAGCCGGUCCCUGGCGGCGGAGCUCUCGCAGGGCGGCCGGGACGAGCACCUUAUUCGCCCUGCCAGGAGCGCGCCUUCGUCGUCCGAGUGCAAGUCGCCGAUGAGCAAGAUGGUGUGCAGUAAGAGGAUCCCGAGGAGGAGGCUCCGGGCGCGGCCGAAGAGCAGGGCCACGGCGAAGGCUGCCGGCGUUCUCGCGAGGGUCUUGGCGAGGAAGAGGGCCAGGGCGCUCAGAGAGAUCGUGCCGGGAGGGAGAGGGAUGGACGAGUGCACGUUGCUGGGUGAAACCCUAGACUACGCCGUGUCUCUCAAAGCUCAGGUCGAGGCGAUGCAGCUGCUGCUGAGGACUCUUCAGGCCCCCAAGAACCCUAGUAUGCUGAAGAAUCAGUAAGCGAGGAGAGGGAACUCCGUACUGAAAUGUGAUCAGAAUCGUUCAUUCUCCUUCCUUUAUUCUCCUGCUACUCUUCCUUUUCGCUUCUUCUCUGUAGCACUGAGAUCAUGAGGCAUGAAGGCUCAUGUGUCCAUGUUAUGCAUGUGUACACACUAGCAGUGCGCUACUAUGUAGAUACGGUUACUCCAUAGAUCCAUGUACAGCUAUGUAACUCCCUGUGUCUGUAUUAGGAAGAAGCAACUCUUGUAGAUUUCGCGCCGUGCUCGGGCAAUAUAUAUGUACUAAGUAUAUCCUGGAGGGGAUGCUCUCCUGUACAUGUGCAUUCGAUCCUAUUGUUUGCUCUGUUACAAGAGGAAAUGUACUACUAAAAUGCACUAGUUCAAAUUUC